GAUGGAAACUGAAUUUUUGUGUGUCUAUUGUCUAUUGAGUACACCAAAAGUACACCAAUACAACAUAAAAAACUUUUAAUACUGACGAUAGACAACAUUCUAAAUAAUAAUUUGACUAUGGCCAUGCAAGGGAACAAUAGGUCUGAUACAGAGUGCUCAAUAUUUGUUGGAAAUUUAGAUUCGAGUGCUUCAGAGGAGAUAUUGUGGGAGUUGUUUCUUCAGGCUGGACCCAUCAAGAGUAUUCACAUUCCUUGUGAUAAAGAUACUGGAAAGCAAAAACAGUUUGCUUUUGUUGAGUUCUAUUCUAGUGUUGCAGCACAUUAUGCAUGGGAACUCUUUGAUGGUAUCAGGUUGUAUAACCGUUCAUUGACUGUUAGACCCAGGAAUUCUGAAAAGACUGACACUCCCAGAUAUAUGCCCAGCAAUGUGAUUCCUGCUAGUGAUUUCUACCAAGAUUUUUAUCACAAAUAUGAAGAGUGGAAACAUAGACCACAAAGUGAGCCAAGAAGAAAUCAAUGGACGGAAGAGAGUAAUUCUCAAAGAAACAAUUCUUUUAGUCAACCAAGCUUUAACAGAAGUUUUUCAUCAGCUUCAAACUUUCCCAAUCAUGUAACUCAACAAUUAAUGAACAUGAGAACAGGCGGCAGAAACAAUAGUACACCAUACAGAAAUUCACCCAGCCCCCUUCGAAUACCAAAAUGGGGUUCAUCUCCAUAUGGAAGAUCACCUUCAAAUUCAGGAUCACAUUCCUCACCCACACCAUACAGAGGUUCUAUGCAUGGAUACACAUCACCAAACCAAGAUCAAUACGGAGGCAAUUAUUGGCGCUGAAAAAGUUAUUUAUAG